AUGAAACCGGUGACCGGCACCAGGACCGCGCAGCCGCGCAACGACGGCAAGCUACCGCGCAACCGAGACGCGCAGAGAGCCGACGUCACCAACCCCCACCGCGACGGACCAGCCUCGCCGGCUAUAAAAGGCCGACAGCAACAGCCACGAGUUCAGAUCAACGAUGGCUCACGGCCCAGUCAACGUACAGGAAAUACAGGCUGCACUCCGUCGCCUGGCAAUCCGAGAACGAGCGGAGGACGAGCCAGAGGCCAUGACGAACAGAGACUGGAAAGAAUUCGUCCGCAUGACCCGGCCGAAACGAACAACGGACAAGCAGGCGGACCAGGCCCCGGCCAGGAAGCCGACACGACCCAGCCGGGUCCAAACACCGGCAAGACGGCCACCGAUCGGCGAGCUAACCGCCGCCCGGAGGAUCCCCCUACCGCUGGCCCCAGGAGACCGUCCGCCAAGAAGGAAGCCGGACCUGGCCACGACGGCCGUCCAAACAUCGCCGGCGAAGAUUACGGCGGAAGCGGUCGCUCGAGCGGCCGCGUCAGCGCACGGCCGACCAGCGCAAGCGCCGAGCCCUCCACCAGACCCGCCGGCAGCACAGCCGACGGAAAGCCAGGGCAGACCGGCACCAGCGGACACCGGGUGCAGGCCAGCGACACCACAGCCAACCCAGGGAGUCUUGGGACAGGUCUGCGGGGCAGGACCAGUCGGGAACGGCGACUACCUGCGCUGCCACCUGCCGGAUGGAACGACCGUCCACCUCUACCGGGGCAUCCGCCGACACCGCUUCCUCAGGGCAGGAAAACAGUGGACGGUCAUGCUCGACCGCCGAGGAAAUGUGACCCGAAGCUUACGAGCAACCAGAGCGAUAACAUCAAGAGUAAUCCAGAGAGAACCAGCUACGAGACCAAACCGAGCGAUGAGAACCAGCUACGAGACCAGACCGAGCUGCAGAACCAAGUUCGAGCCGAACACCGAACCAGAGGCAUCAUCCUGCGAUAA